CCGCAGCAGCGUUGCGGCGGAGCUCAACACGGCUGUAGCGGCGGUUUUGUCGCGGAACAGCUCCCAACAACCGCCGGACUCCGAGUGGAGAAUUUCCGCCGCGAUAAUCCUUCAACACCACACAGCUGAGCUCGUCUCUCCUCCGCAGCCGCCCACCACUCCCUAUCAGAUUUCUCUCCGACCUCCCGUCCCUCUCACCACCGAAGCGAUCCAGCAUGUCCGCCUCCAGGCUAUUCCGUCCGGCCACCCGCCUGAUGGCGGCAUCGCGCCCUGCCCCAGUGUCUCGUUCCGCCUUCCGCCCUGCUGCGGCGCUGCGCACCUACGCCCAGUCCACCGGCACCAAGGAGAUGACGGUGCGCGAGGCCCUCAAUGAGGCCAUGGUAGAGGAGAUGGAGAGGAACGAGAAGGUCUUCGUCAUGGGCGAGGAGGUUGCGCAGUACAACGGAGCGUACAAGGUCACCAAGGGUCUGCUCGACCGCUUCGGCGAGAAGCGUGUCAUUGACACUCCCAUCACCGAGUCCGGUUUCUGUGGUCUCACCGUUGGCGCCGCGCUCGCUGGCCUUCACCCUGUCUGCGAGUUCAUGACCUUCAACUUCGCCAUGCAGGCCAUUGACCAAAUCAUCAACUCCGCCGCCAAGACCCACUACAUGUCCGGUGGUAUCCAGCCCUGCAACAUUACCUUCCGCGGUCCCAACGGCUUCGCCGCCGGUGUCGCUGCUCAGCACUCCCAGGACUACUCCGCCUGGUACGGCAGCAUUCCCGGCCUCAAGGUCGUUUCGCCCUACAGCGCCGAGGAUGCGAAGGGUCUGAUGAAGGCUGCCAUCCGCGACCCCAACCCGGUCGUUGUCCUGGAGAACGAGCUGCUGUACGGUCUGUCCUUCCCCAUGAGCGAGGAGGCCCAGAAGGAUGACUUUGUCAUUCCCUUCGGCAAGGCUAAGAUUGAGCGCCCCGGCAAGGACCUUACCAUUGUCACCCUCUCCCGCUGCGUUGGCCAGGCUCUGGUUGCCGCUGAGCAGCUGAAGCAGAAGUACGGCGUCGAGGCCGAGGUUAUUAACCUCCGUUCCGUCAAGCCCCUGGACGUUGAGGCCAUCGUAAAGUCCGUGAAGAAGACUGGCCACUUGAUGGCUCUCGAGUCCGGUUUCCCCUCGUACGGUGUCAGCUCUGAGAUCCUUGCUCUGACCUGCGAGUACGCCUUCGACUACCUCCACGCUCCUCCCGUCCGUGUCACUGGUGCUGAGGUGCCCACUCCCUAUGCGCAGAAGCUGGAGGAGAUGGCCUUCCCUACUGAGCAGCUGGUUGUCGACUACGCCGCCAAGCUGCUGCGUGUGUAAGAAAACCAAAUCAUGGUUGACGGGUGUUCUUUUUACUCUUCUGCGCGUCUUUUUCCUUUCAAACGUUAAAUCUAGAAUCUCGAUUCAUUGACUUUAUUGCGGCGCGGGAAAAAUUGUAUUUCUAGCGUUGCGGCUGAUCCGCCUACCUCCCAAUUACUCCGAAACUCCGACCAUCAUAACCCUCUCACACUGUACUUAGGAUACCUACUGAAUCAUCUGUGGCGUACGAUGAACCUUGGUCGCCUUUAUUCUGUGACGAGCGUUCGCGAGAUUGGCUUCAUGCGUUCUAUUUUCCAGCAAGUCCCGGAUGCAGAAGCCGUAGGUGUAGCUACGAGAAGACGAAAGCAACGGCAAUCCCCACGCUUGCCACAAACUUGGAGUG